AUGUAUCAGAUCGGCAAUAUCUACGGUAUAACGGCCAUUGCCGUCAUCGGUGGUGGUCUGUUUGGGUUUGAUAUUAGCUCCAUGAGCGCCAUCCUUCCCACUGACCAAUAUCGAUGCUACUUCAACCAAGGCCCUCACGGUCCUGGCUUCGACGAUGAGGUCAAAUGCUCCGGCCCAACAGCCAAUGUGCAGGGAGGAAUUACUGCUGCUAUGCCUGGAGGAUCUUUCAUUGGUGCGCUCUUGUCUGGUUACCUAACUGACAUGUUUGGUCGUAAGACAACUAUUCAAAUCGGCUCCGUCAUCUGGUGUAUCGGAUCCAUCAUCUCCUGCGCAUCGCAAAACAUUGCCAUGCUCAUCGUCGGUCGCUUCAUCAACGGUAUCUCUGUCGGUAUCUGCUCUGCUCAGGUCCCCGUCUAUGUCUCAGAGCUCGCACCUCCCUCCAAGCGUGGCCGUGUCGUCGGAGCGCAACAAUGGGCCAUCACCUGGGGAAUCUUGAUCAUGUUCUACAUCUCGUACGGAUGCACCUUCCUUGAGGGACCUACUGCCUGGCGUGUACCCUGGGGACUUCAGAUGAUCCCGGCUGUUCUUCUAUUUUUCGGUCUCUUCUUGCUUCCCGAAUCACCACGUUGGUUGGCUCGCAAGGAUAGAUGGGAGGAGUGCAAUGCUGUCAUCACUCUGGUCCAUGGAAAGGGCGAUCCCAACGCACCUUUCGUUCAUCUCGAGAUGGAGGAGAUCAAGCAGGCUAUCGAGUUUGAGAGACAAAACGCCGAUGUGUCAGUGACUGAGUUGUUCAAGCCUAAGAUGCUCAACCGUCUUCACAUUGGUAUAUUUACUCAGAUUUGGUCGCAGCUUACUGGAAUGAACGUGAUGAUGUAUUAUAUUUCAUAUAUCUUUGGAAUGGCUGGACUAAGCGGCAACAUCAACCUGAUCUCAUCCUCCAUUCAAUACAUCAUCAACGUAUUCAUGACAGUUUUCGCCCUCAUUUACAUCGAUCGCUGGGGCCGCCGCGCACCCCUCGUUAUCGGCGCUCUUCUCAUGGCUACCUGGAUGUUCGCCAACGCCGGAUUGAUGGCUACCUAUGGACGACCAGCCCCUCCAGGCGGUCUCGACAACAUCGCCGAGCAAUCAUGGCAGAUCACAGGACCAGCAUCCAAAGCUGUUAUCGCUUGCACCUAUCUCUUUGUUGCUAGUUACGCACCUACCUGGGGUCCUGUCUCUUGGAUCUACCCGCCUGAGCUGUUCCCUCUCCGCGUUCGUGGAAAGGCUGUUGCGCUUACUACCUCAAGCAACUGGAUCUUCAACUUUGCGCUAUCCUACUUCGUCCCACCUGCCUUCGUCAACAUCCAGUGGCGAGUUUACAUCAUCUUCGGGUGCUUCUGCACUGCCAUGGCCAUCCACACUUUCUUCGUCUUCCCUGAGACCGCCGGAAAGACGCUCGAAGAGGUCGAGGAGAUGUUCAUGCGCGGUGUGCCGGCAUGGAAGACUCGUGUUGAGUACAACAGCGUGAAGAAAGCGGAGCGCGGACAACUCGAUGACAAAGAGAAGGCUAUUGGUCUGCAGCAUGAGCAGAGCCCCGAGAGAUUGGAGAAUGCGGCUGGAGAUGUAAAAGCAUGA